AUGCAGAAUGGAGAGGUUUCAUGCCUGUCAUGUGGCUCAUUGGACAGUUUAAAUAUUUGUCCAAGAUGUGCUCUUCCGUAUUGCUGUGUUAAGUGUUAUCGGAGUGAGCAACAUCGGGAGUGUUCAGAAUCGUUUUAUCGUGAAUGUGUCGAACAGGAAUUGCGUUGUCAGAGUGAUGUACGAAAGCCUUUGAAAACUUUUGAAGAAUUCAUGAAUGAACAACCUGGAGAUUUUCGAAUGAAUAUGGAAUUCCCAGGUAGUUCUGAUCAUAUAAUGGACUCAGAUGAUGAUGAUGUUGAUAACGUUGAUAAUUACUUGGAGAAAGUAAAAGACAGAUGCACUUCGGAAUAUCAGUCAGCCGAUGAACGUGAGCUUGAUAGACAAUUAACAGUACUUGGUAUUGGCACAGACAGCGAGAGUCUUCUGUCAUCGCUCAGCGAUAUGGAAAAGAAGUCGUUUAACUUGUUUUACAAUAAAUUAUUAGAACAAGACACUGGUCUUAGUCGAUCAGUUUUCACGAAGAAGCAGGAACCGAAAUAG